AUGGAAAAUUCAAAAGUGAUUAUGAUGGUGAUUUUGGGAAUGUUAUCAUUGUGGCCAAUGGAGGUUAUGGGAAGUCCAAGGCUUCAUAAGGUGGGAGGAUCCAAAGGUUGGAAUGAAAAAACCAAUUAUACUCAAUGGUCUUCUCAACAACAUGUCUAUGUUGGUGAUUGGUUAAUUUUUGUGUUUGACAAAAGAUACUACAAUGUUUUGGAAGCGAGCAAAACAUCUUAUGAGAAUUGCGUAGACACGAACUUCAUAAAAAAUGUGACACGAGGUGGUCGUGACGUGGUUCAAUUGAUAGAAACAAAAACGUACUAUUUUAUUAGUAGUGGAGGUUAUUGUUUUCAUGGAAUGAAAGUUGUCGUGGACGUUCAAGAACACCAAACACUAGCACCAUCUCCUUCUCUUUCUCUUUCGACUAUGAAAUCGGGUGGGAAUUUUAUUCUAUCAUGCUUUGGGAUUAUUGUUGUUAAUGUGGUUUAUGUGAGUUUGGUUUCAAUGGGGAUUUUGUAA